AAUUAUUAAGAUUAUGUCACAAACUGUGAAAGAUACCAUAACACCUAGUUACCACUUACUUUAUUAAUGUUAAUCUUCCUCAUCUUUUUUGUUUUCUUCAAUGCCCCCACACCUCUUGUUUCUAUGCAAAACCUGUUUAUGUUUCUCUGUUCUCUGUAUGCUCACUGCACGUUUUCUGUUCUUGUCUGCACUGUCACUGUCUUCAGCCACACCAAGAGUCCCUCUCUUGCACUUGCACACCAAUCUUUACACACACACUCUCUCUCUCUCUCUUUCUAACCAGCAUUGGAGCCUUGAAAGCAUGGAACUUUCCUUAACCUGUUCCAUAACUUGAAACUUCUAGAAUAAUGCAUUAAUGGGGUUGCAAGCAAACGUCACCUAAUCCAUUUCUCAAUUUUUUUUAUACCCUCCAACUUCUCUUUCUUUGUUUUGUUUUUGUUUUAUUUAUAUAUGCACUAUUCUUCUAGCAGAAGAGGUGCUUAGCUUUGAGGUUUGAAAAAUUUUGUUUUUUUUCUCUCUUCAAAAAUGUCAAGUCUACAGUUGUGUCAUGUGGUGGAUUUGGAGCAAGGGAGUCUCAGUCACCACCGUUCUGUGAGUGGCAGUGACAUGAGCAUGUGCUUUUCUGAUGCUGAGAAUGGUUCAUGCUAUUCCCAUUUCUAUUCAACAAAUGGUGACCCUUAUGAUGAUUACACCAUUGGUUGUGUUUCUGAUGCUGAGGAUUCAAGGAAGGCUUCUUCUGUCACUGAUUGUUCAGUGGAGGUGGAAAUUGAAAGUGGGGUUCCUGAAAUUAAGGUGCAUUUGGCCAAAGUGGAGAGGGAUUGCAGAAUUUGCCAUCUUGGUUUGGAGAGUGAUAGUCAAGAAGAGUCUGGAGUUCCCAUUGAAUUGGGCUGUUCUUGUAAGGAUGAUUUGGGUGCUGCUCACAAGAACUGUGCUGAGGCCUGGUUCAAGAUUAAGGGGAAUAGGACAUGUGAAAUAUGUCAUUCAGUUGCACGGAACGUUUGUGGGGCAAAUGAGGAGACAACACAGACAUCGAGUGACAGCAACAAUGCUAAUAAUGCAGCAUCCACAAUCUCAACAUCAGCAGAACCUCGAAGAUUUUGGCAAGGCCAUCGUUUCCUGAAUUUUCUGCUUGCUUGUAUAGUUUUUGCGUUUGUCAUAUCGUGGCUUUUUCACUUCAAUAUGCCCUCGUCGUAAUUUUCUAAAGCAAAUAUUAUAUAUAGCUUUUUUCAUUUUAAAUAUAAUUUAAAGAAAAUGAAAUCUAGUUUAAUGUGGGAGGCGGUGAAGAGAAAGAGGGAAAAAUAGAAAGGAGAAACCAAAAUCUAAAAUCCAUAGAGAAUUGUUUCCUAGAGAGAACUAAUGUUCAUACAUUUUAAGGCCUUACUGGGGCUAUGUAAGUAGGCAUUAUAUCAUUCAUCCUUGCCUCUAUGCAAGUCAACAGUUUGUGACUUAGUCAUUUAUGUUGUGCGGUCUUCUUUAAUAUUGGGUCUUUCUUUAUAGUGAUUUCUUAUUGAGACAAAGGUAUAUAGCAGGGAGCUUGUCUCAUGUCUAUAAUGUUUAGAAAAAAAAAUUCCCCCUAUUACUCUAUUUUGCAAAAUCAAUGUGAUUUUGGAUAAAUACUUAAUGUACUUUAAAAGAGUUUUUUUUAGUAAGUU